UAUUUAUAUAACAAACCCUGUCCUUAACGCUUUUCUCUUUAUCUCUCUAUUUCCUUGCAAGCAACCUACAACAAUUAACCGAAAAUUUUCCUCUCAAAUCCUAUUAAAUUAUCAUUUUUUUAUUCGAACUAAGCCGUUGAUUUUUCAAUCCUGAAUAUACUGGAAAAAAGGAAUCUGUCAUGGCGGACUCCAAAAAGCACGAUAUUGUUGACAAUCGUGUAGAUCGAUCUAACGGCGACGAUUACACGGACAGUUCAUCGAUUUCUUCGACCGGUGAUGAAACCUCCACCGUUGGAUCGCGUGAGAUUGGACUGACGGAGCGAUUGACCGACAUCUUUGUCGAGGAAGGAGACGGAGAUUUGUUGCUUCAACGGAGCGAUCGUGAGGAUAGGGUUUUGCAGUGGCUUCAGGCUCUCGAUAUGCAAGUCAUGGGAGCUUGUCGUGCUGAUGAACGAUUGAAGCCGUUGUUAAAGUCUAAUGCUUCAAGCGGCAUCGCCGAGGAUCGGUUAUUGGCUCAUUUAAGUCAGAACUUUGAGCCGUCGGAAGUGUGUAUGUUAGCGAGGUGUUUUUGCAUACCACUUGUGUCAAUUCGAGUUGGGAAGGUAAACAAGCAAGGGAGCCUGCUAUGCCCAACUUCUAUAAGAGGUAAUCUAAGUCUUGCAAUCUUGCCAACAUCUGAUCUGCGGCUCUCAUUCCUUGGAGAUGAUGGUCAUACAGAAAGAUUGUUUACCCUGAGUAGCAAAUCUGAGUGCUCUGCUGUUGUAAUUGAUGAGAUUCCGGCAGACCAUUCUGGCCGAUCAUUUCGAAUAGAGAGCCCAGAUAGCAGAGUUUCAUACUUCUGGUGCUCAGAGAAGUCUAAACUUUUCGGCGUUGAAUUGAUUUCAAAGAUGAAAGAUUUUAUCAAGAGGAAACCUUCAAUUGCUGAAUUAACUGGAAUCAGUGAGUCACGCCUCGGGUUUCUAGCAACUCACCUUCGUGCCUAUCUUGUGGGAUCAUCAUUGAGCAACACCCGAGCAAGUUGUGCAAAUUCACUUGCUCCUUUGUGUGGUACCAUAUCGAAUUUGUCAGAUUCAGUUCAAAUUACUCAAUGCCAGUCUUCAUCCUCUAAGUCUUUGCGAUUGCGGCACUCUGGCAGUCAAGCUGUAAAGGCAAAUUCAAUCUACCAGGGUAGCCUCAGUCCAAGAUCAAGUUCCUUCAAAGAGGGUCUAUCCAGAAGCCUGUCCUCUCUAAGAAGUGCUGCUGCUAGGGAAAAGUUAAGGCGCCGAGGUGAUGGCUAUCUGUCUGCUGUUGACAACUUGACAGUUUCUUCACCUACUACUGCUGAUGAAUCAUGUUCGAAUCAAUCUGAUACUGGCAAUAAUACGUUAGAAGGCAGAGGUUGCCAAUUGUCUACCUCUUUUCUUGAAUCACUUGGGAAAUUUUCUGUCCCUUCAACCUCAAGCCCAUUGACCGAAGUCUCUACCACAGGUUCACCUCUCUUGUCUCCUUACUAUUGUUGGUGCCCUCUAGGUGUGUCAUCAUCGUUGCAACAUCCAGCAAUACCUUCUCAACUCCCAGUCUCAUCAAGUGAACUACCUUUACUCCCACCACUUUCUUCCUUGUUAUCAGCUAAUGCAUCUGCCAGUUUGUUGGCGCCAACUUCACCUCUUAAUCUUGCUGACAUUCCUUCAUUGGAUUUCCCAGCUUUCCUGCCAGAUCCGUUGGUUCGGUUGCAAGUGUCAAGUUCUCAGCAGAUACCAACUUUCACACCUUUAAUAUGUGACCCAAUUGUUCACAUUCCAGUGAUUGAUGUUUGCUCUUCAGGUCAAGGAUAUCUGGUGAGUGGUGGUCCUGGUAUAUCAACAUCAAUCCCUCCAUUGCACCCAAAACUCGUUAACCCGAUGAUUCCUGAGAGUGAAUCAGUGGUAGAGAAUGGUGCAAGAGAGACAUUGCGACUACUCAUUAGUGGUUCAAGUCAGAGCAACCCUCCAUUGAUUGAUGUGUUGCCUGCUGUUCUGAGUAAUGUUGAUGAGAACCAAAACAUUCUUCUUGCUGGUAGGCGGGGUCUCUAUUGCGGCACCAGAGAUGUUGAUGCUAUUGGGAAAAGCAUUGCAUUGGUAUCAUUAUCUGAGAGCUCAAACAUCGGAGAGAUCAAAUGUGAGAAGCUUGAGGAGAAGGUGGAUGCAUUGCAGGAGGAUUCAAAUGCUGUUAAUUCUGAUGAUGAUGGUGAUAAGAGUGGGCAUAUGCCAAAUUUGAGUGAAGAGAGUAGAGAAUAAUAUCAGAAUGUAUUUCGAUUUGUGAUUUGAAUUUUGUUUGUAGAUGUGUACGUGCUAUGUUCCACUCCAAAAUGUAGAUAUAUGGUUGCGGCUGUAGCAUUUUGAAUUAUAACUAGUUCAAGUCUAGCCUUAA